AUGAAUUCCUACUUGUCAUAUAAACCCAUGGCAACCCACCAUGGAGUGCUGGCGGAUUAUACAACAGCAUACCCUUCUUCUGCGGAGGAUGAUAGCUCUCAAUAUUUGGGUAGCCCUAGCUAUCAGCUGAAUACAAACUCCCCUCUCAACACCACUCCCUAUGUGGGGAAUACCACAGUUUAUGUGGAUAAUUGGAAUAUGAAUAGUGGGAUGAUUACAUCAACACCCAAUGGAAACGGAGGAUAUUACCAUCAGCAGCAACAUCAUCUCCAUCAUCCCGAAUAUCACAUGGAAACCCCCUUGACACCAAAUCAAAGUUCCACAGAGCUAAGUCACAACGAAAUCAGCACCGAUUCCAAACCAAAAACUAACAACAAAAAAGAAAGGAAACCCAAAAGUCGGACCAACUCCACCUCUUCAAGAAAAUCACAGAGUUCGGAGCCGACAAAUCCUCCCAGCCCUUCAGUGCUCAAACGCCGACGCCAGGCAGCCAAUGCCAGGGAACGCAAGCGUAUGAAUGGUCUCAACGAAGCCUUUGAUCGUCUACGCGAGGUAGUACCCGCUCCCGAUUUGGAACAAAAACUCUCCAAAUUUGAGACACUACAAAUGGCUCAGACCUACAUUUGUGCUCUCAUCGAUAUGCUUGAAAAUGGCACAGAGUCUUCGGAAAUCAACUACAACAGUCUUUACUCUCUUGAGGGAAACUCCUGCCUAUCAUCACCCGAAACAAUAGCAUCACCCUGUUCCCCAUCCUCAACCAUCAACAGUUUUCCAUCCUAUCGUCAAGAUUUGAGUCUGCAGUGA